AUGGUUUAAUAAAAACGCCUAUCUUUAUUAUUUUUAACACUAUGGAUCAUUCGCUCUCAUGAUCAUUGAGAACGGGAAAGUCAUUUGAAUGGUCAUCAAAAAAAACAUGGUUGAUAAGCGCCGUUAGGGAGAAAGUAGAACGGUCCAAUGAAAUACUAUGAUUUCAAUAAAUUAUUCCUAAUCUGUUCAUACGUCCAACGACAGAUGGGAACUGGGCAUAAAUUCGAUAUCACGAGCACAACAGAGAACGCUAUUUUAUUAUUACUUGGGGCAUCUUCGGCACUCGGAGCAACAGUGAAUGGGGAUUUAGCUCGUAAACAAUACCACCAAGGUCUUUCACGUAGUUUCGGGCCUGAAGUACCUUUUCGGGAAUAUACCACACCAAGUUACCGUCAACGUCAAAAGGACUAUAGCUCCUUUACUCAAAACGCAAAGGCUGAGGAUAUUGCUAUUGCAUUUGCUGAAUCUGAAUUGACGGACAGCGAGUUUAUAAUUCAAAGUGCCUACAAGUCUGAUUUAAAUGGUGUUACACAUGUUUAUCUACGUCAAAAAGUGAAUGGUUUGGAAGUUCUUAACGGUGAUAUCAAUAUCAAUGUCGAUCGUUUCGGAAAGAUUAUCUCCUAUGGUGACUCAUUUGCAAAAGGUGUCUCAAAUACACAAGAUGCUACACUCCUUACGAGAGUACAAAAAGGUUUAAAGAUAGUUUCAAGUUCAUUUGCACAGGUUGUGUUCUCUCCUACAAAGCAAUCUGAGCCUGAAGUCGAUGAAUCUAUCUACGACUUUGUCGAUCAAGAUAAGGAUAUUAUCGAUCCUGCAGAGGCUGUCUUGUCUUUAAUGGCCUUUGUCAAAUCUUCUUUGCCUGAUCCAACGGUGCUUGAAUAUUUGAUUCCGGAUAACUUUAUCAUGACGACUUCGUUCAAGAAGCACAACGAUGAAGAAAUUGCCUUCCAAUUUGAUAAUGUUCCUUUCGCACUAUCUCCCGUUGAAGCCAGACAAGCAUAUAUUCAAACAGAGACCGGUCAACUUCAAUUAGUCUGGGAUUUACAAUAUGAAUUAAAGGACAACUGGUAUAAUGGUCAUGUGAGUGCGCAUGAUGGCACCAUUGUUGGCUUAGUUGAUUGGGUAUCCAAUGCAGCUUCUUAUAAUGUAAUUCCGUUCGGAAAUAAUGACCCCAAUGAUACUGAAAGAAAGAUAGUCAAGAACCCAAGUGAUAAAUGGGCAAGUCCGGAUGGUUGGCAUGCUCAAGGUGCGAUUGCUAAGGGAGCGAAGACGUACAAUGUAACAAUUGGUAACAACGUAUAUGCUCAUAAUAAUCCUGAUGGUGGCAAUGAUUGGCAAAAGAAUUACAGGCCCAGUGGUGUCUCUGAUGAUAAUGGUGAUAUCACUUUUGAUUAUGAAGCAAAUUUCGAAAAGGAUGAUCCAGAAGAUUAUAUUGAUGCUGCGGUGACAAACCUUUUCUAUUGGUGUAACACUGCCCAUGAUUUCUUUCACAGAUAUGGUUUUGAUGAGAAGGCUGGUAACUUCCAACAAGAUAACCUUGGCCGUGGACGUAAGGCAGGAGAAGGAGAAGGAGAUGCUGUAAUUGCUAAUGCACAAGAUGGAUCAGGUCGCAAUAAUGCUAAUUUUGCUACCCCUCCCGACGGUAAACACGGAAAGAUGCGUAUGUACGUUUGGGAUCAAACGAAACCAAUGCGUGAUGGUGAUUUUGAAAGUGGCAUUGUUAUUCAUGAAUAUACCCACGGUGUUUCUAUCCGUCUCACAGGUGGUCCCAUGAACUCUAAUUGUCUUGGUUGGGGUGAAGCUGGUGGUAUGGGUGAAGGAUGGGGUGACUUCGUUGCUACGGCUAUUCGUAUGAACUCAAACUAUACCCACGAUGUUGAAUUCGGCAUGGGAGAUUAUUCCAAUGGUGGUGAGGGCAUCCGUAAAUACAAGUACUCAACUUCAAAUACAACAAACCCAAGUACAUAUCGUAUUAUGGAUCGUUUUGAUUAUUGGGGUGUCCAUGCAAAAGGUGAAGUUUGGGCUGAAAUGUUAUAUGAAGUAUAUUGGAACCUCGUCGAUCGCUUAGGCUACACUGAUGAAUGGUUCCCUCCUAUUCCUCAAGACAAUUAUAAAGCUGCUAUGGAUUCAGAUGAUCUUGAAAAAGUGCGAACGCAUAUCACAUCAUAUGGUAACACAUUAGCUAUGCAGCUUGUUAUCGACGGAUUGAAAUUACAACCUUGUAAUCCUAAUUUUAUCUCUGCUCGUGAUGCUAUCCUUGAAGCUGAGAAGCAAUUAACUGGUGGCGAAUACCAUUGCGACAUUUACCGGGCAUUUUCUAAGCGUGGUCUUGGCCCUGGGGCUAAGCUCCAGAAGAAGGGGUGGAUGGAACAGCGUAUCGAAAGUUAUACACUCCCCUCUAUCUGUGAAUAAACCAGAUUUGUUUCAUUUUAUAUCCUAACCCUUUUGCUUGCAUUUUGCUGUUUUCUUUUCUUUUCCCCCUCCUCCCUUAUUUUAAAUAAAUCAACUUAAAC